AUGUCAAUGUGGAGGAGACUCCCGGAAGAGAAUCAGGUAGAUAUCUUUCUGAAAUUACCGGUGAAUUCAAUAUUAGCAUGUAGAUGUGUAUGCAAGAUUUGGUUUAAUCUACUUCGUAACCCUAAGUUUAUUAAGAAUCACCUUAGUCGAUCAAUUCGAUAUAAUAACAACCCUAGACUCAUGAUUGUUCAGCCUCAGUAUGGCAAGAACCCCAUUAUUAGUUCCGUAGAUUACAAAUCAAUUUCAUCUUCAUCUCCUUCAGAACUGAAAGUUGUUUCAAUAAAUUAUCCAUUUGAAGAUAAGGAAAUUGAGGGUAUUGUAACUCUGGGUUCUUGUAACGGAUUGAUUUGUUUCGGUAUUUCUACUGGAAAGGGUAUUGAGGCGAAAAAUUAUAUUUGUAUUUGGAACCCAUCAACCGGUGAAUAUAAGACUAUCAAACUACCAGUAUACGAAUGUGUGGCUGAAUAA